CCAAUAUUUAUCUAUUCAUGGUGAUCAUGUGCAAUAUGACUUAAAAUUGGCUGGUAUUGAAGCUAAUCGUUGUCAAGAUUUAAUGAAUCAAGCUGAUUAUCAUGUGAAACGAGCACGUUAGAAGGACAUCGAAGAACGUGAAAUUCGUCAAAAACGAGAAAAAGAACUGGAAUUACUCAUAGUCAAACAAAAUGAAGACAAAGCAAAUGAAAUGCAAUUCGAAGAAGGAAAAAAUAAUGAAAUUUUAAAAAAACGCCAAGAAUAUUUAGAGAAAACAAAAAAUGCAAUUAUGAUGUUUCAUACAGCUAUAGAAAGUCCUAAACUUAAAAGAAAACCUCGUAUGAAAAAGAGUUCAGCUCAUGGUGGAAGUUUUUCUUCUUCUGAGGAAGAAAAUAAAUGUCCUAAAAAAUCAAAAAAAAGUGGGCAAUCUGAUAAUAGUACAAAGAAAAAAAAAGUAAAUAUAAAAUGCAGAAAAGAAAUAUGUGCUUCAACUCGAUCUACUUCUACUAAUGUACCAGUAUUAAAAAAAAAAGUUUGGUAAGUUUUAAAUUUAAAUUUGUGAA